AUGCUGGCCACUCGCAGCCUCUUUGCGGGGCGUACCGUCGUUAGCAGCCGCAGCGUGGUGGCGGUCGCCCCUCGGAGGGGCGCCCUGGUGGUGGAGAACGCGCACAAGAAGGGUGCGGGCUCCACCAAGAACGGCCGCGACUCCAAGUCGAAGCGCAGGGGUGUGAAGGCGUACGGAAACCAGCCAAUCAAGGCCGGUGGUAUCAUCGUGAGGCAGCUGGGCUCCACGUGGCACGCGGGCGAGAACGUGGGUGUGGGCAAGGACUACACCCUGUUCUCCACCAUUGACGGCAUCGUGGUGUACCAGAAGAAGGCUGAUCGCUCCAAGGUGUCUGUGUUCCCCCUGGAGUCCGUCAAGGGCCAGGCAGCGGCGACAGCGACCCACACCACCGAGGCCAAGGCCGACGUGGGCAGCCGUAAGGAGAGGCGGCGCGCGACCUACAAGCCCCGCGGCAGCAGCAGCGCAGAGCCGGUGGCGACCGUGGCUGUGGUGGCGGCCAGCACCCAGCCGUGA